AUGAAGUUCAGGGACAUAAAAACAAUCCAGGCUCUCUUUGGAAAAUUAUCAAUCAGGCUAUACCAUCAAAAAGUAAAGAGUAAAGAAAAACAUACUUACACCAAAGACCCAAAGACAGUCGCUGAUGAAUUCAAUCAGUUUUUCUCGUCUGUAGGCAAAAGUGCAGCAGAUGCGUCAAUUCGUCUGGCAGAAGAGAACAACAUUACUGUAGAGGAAACACCUUUAGAGACCGUUUAUAUGCCUUCCCAAGAUCUCUUUUCCUUCCGAACAGUAACCAGCGAAGAAGUACGCCGUGUCAUUGCAUCCCUGCCAUUGAACAAAUCCCCUGGACCAGAUGUCAAGAUAAACUCUAGAAUCCUCAAAGACUGUCUCCCUGUUAUACUAGGACCCCUAACACAUAUAAUUAACUGCUCUAUAACCUCUCAUACAUUCCCUACUGCAUGGAAGGAAGCGGAAGUGAUUCCCAUAGUGAAAGACGGAGACCACGAAGUAGCGUCAAACAACCGCCCGAUAUCUCUUCUUGCCAUAGCUUCUAAGGUUUGUGAAAAAAUUGUUCUCGAACAAUUCAGUAGCUAUCUUAUAAGCAAAAACCUGCUCUCUCCUCAUCAAAGCGGAAAUAAAAAACUCCAUUCCACAGAGACCCUGAACAUUUUUAGUACCGACACGAUGCUAGAGGCUAUGGACAAAAAGGAACUCACCGCUCUACUAUUAUUAGAUACAAAUACGUCUGCCUCCAACGUGAAGAAAGUUCAGUCGAUCCAGAACUUUGCUUGCAAAGUCGUCACGAAAUCCAGGAA